UGUGCAGAAAAUGAUGUACCCAGUCACCCAGGAUUACGCAAAAACUUAAUAGCAUUGCCGAUAAGCGCGUCGAAAGCGCAAGGUUGCGAAAAGCCUUUGGUCAACGAGAAUGAGCACAGUACUGAAGUCAUCUUCUACCUGCUGGAGGCCUACAAAAAGCACGAAAAACUCUGGAAUCCCAAUCAUCCACAAUAUAAAUACAAUGCCAAUCGCAAGAUGUUCCAAGAACUAUCGCAUCCACUGUUGCGUGACAUGAAUUACUCAUUGGACGGCUCGGAGAUCUAUGCGAUCAUUAAGAGUUUGCGUUCACGCUAUCGACUUGAGUUGGCCAAAGCACGCGAACGUAAGGGAAAGUACAAAACACGCUUUAAAUAUUUUGAGAAAAUGGAAUUCUUGCGAGAUGUUAUUGAGAAUAAGCGUGCGGCACGCAAAGUUAAGAAACACCUUGACUGCUCAGCAUCUGAAAAGUCUUUGGAUGAAGACUGUACAGAAACGACACGUUCCACGCAUAACCAUGCCGUACUUACUUACCUCUUGGAUGCCUUUAGAGGGCAGGAAGCGCUCUGGAAUCCACAGCAUCCGGAUUAUUUGCUAUGUAAUAAGAAUGAACUGAUGCGUGAAAUCUCAAUACAAUUGUUGUUGGAGAAGAACGUUAGCAUGUCGGCGGACGAUUGCUUUACAGAGAUACAAAAAUUGCGCACGCGCUAUCGUCGAGAGUUGCGAAUCGUACACGAACACAAAGGGCUGUAUGCGCCCAAAUUGUGGUGCUUUGAACAGAUGGAAUUUCUGCAGAAAAUAUUCGAGGAUCAGCUGCUUGAUCGGCUAAAAAAGCGCAGAGGUGUGAUCGCUUGCAAACCCAAAACGCAGUACUUAAAAGCUAAAUCUAUAGACUUCAAGAGCACCGAUGACCAUCUAACUUUCAUCGAAAUCUACAAAAGUUAUUCCGCACUCUGGGAUGUCGAUCAUCCCGACUACCGUUCGACCACCUAUCGCAAUGAAGAACUCAAUCAAAUGCUAGAGGAAGUUAAUCUAAUGCUGGGCAUUAAUAGCACAUUGGAAGAACUGCAAAAAACUUUAUAUGAGCUGCGAAAAGAGUUUUCAGCAGAAAAGCAUAAGCGGCUGAUCGAAACGAGCGAUACAGCGACAUCAUUGCCAUCACUACCUUCACCGUCAAUUAUACAAACGAAGUUAAUAGAAUUUCUCGAUUUGAAUUUGGGUCCAUUUCGUUGUGGUGUUUGCGCUGAACUUAUAAAAACCUCUGAUCAGUAUAAAAUUCAUAUGUCCGGACAUGAUGGCAUGCAACCGUUUAUUUGUACGCUUUGCGGCAAGGGUUUUCAAAUACCAGGCAAUCUCACAAUUCAUAUACGACGACACAAGGGCGACUUUCCGUAUUCGUGUGAAGUGUGUGAUAAGAAAUUUGCUACAUCCACGGAGGUUGCGAUUCACAUGCGAAGUCAUACAGGUGAGCGCCCCUAUAUCUGUGAGCUGUGUGACAAAUCCUUUAAAACCUGGUCAUUCUACGAUACUCACCGCCGUGCCCACCUAAAACAAUCCAAUUUCCUUUGUCCCAUCUGUGACAAGGCCUUCUAUGAGCGCAACCGUUAUACGGAUCACAUGAAUGGCCAUUUAAAUAUCCGAAAACAUGUCUGUGAUGUUUGUGGCAAGGCAUUUACAACGUUUGCCAACCUAAAGAAGCACACCGAAUUACAUUUGCCAGUGAAGAAGUAUAAAUGUGAUAUUUGUGGUCAAAGGUUUGCACAAUUUGCCAGUGUACGUUGGCACAAACGUAAGAUGCAUGCGCAAACGCAGGAACAACUCGAACAGAUGGAGCAGUAAAGGGCGAAUACUUAAAAAAGAAAGGAAUUUCUUCGAAAUAUUUUAGCUUUACUGAAACCAUGUUUUAUUUAUUUUCAUAUUAAUAUUUAUAUAGAACUAUAUAUUGUAGUUAUGGCUAGUAAUUUAUUCGUUCGUAAGUAUAAUCUUUUAAUUAGAAAUUUGCCAGUAUAUUAACAUGUAUGUGAAAAUACAUAUCGCUAAGUUACGAGUGAAAUUUUGCUAAGUCCACCUAAAAAAAAUCAUAUUUGCAUAUAGGAAGCAAGACAAAUUAAAAUUGCAUCGUUUCCAAAAGAAUUAAGGUACUUGUUUUAUUUCUUUCCUUUUACAUUCAAUGAAAGGCAAAUUUUCUAAGUCUAAAAGAGGGCACAGAAAAUUCGGUAAGGCCAAACAAAACGAAAUCUUUUCAUUAACACCGAAUCCUUCUGAUACGUACGGAGUUUUGCUUUGCUUUAAACACACAACAUUUUGGUAUACAUAUGAAGUUCUUCCUUUCCUGUAAAAUUUGUAAAAAUGGACUUAGCAGCUUUUCGUUCUUAACUAGCGAUAUACCGAGUGUCCUAGACCACCUGUUCACUCCUUCUAAAAUGGAGCAAAUUUUUUUUAAUUGAAAACGCAAAGAUGUAAGUUACCGGUUUCGACCGGAAGUGGGUUAAACAGAGCACAAGUCCAUUCUUUUAAACUGGACAUAUGAACAUGCUUUUACCGCAGAUUCGGAUACUGUCGAAAGUUUCUGACAAAAGUUACGUAUUUUAUCCGGUCGAAAUUGGAAGUCGGUAAUAUGACGAAAAUAUAGAGCAUCCCCGAUUUGGUCAUUCAUAUAUUUUCGUUUUCCAAUAAAAACAUUUUGCUCCAUUUUAGCAUUCCAAGACGAGUUAAAGCUCGAAGGUCAUUUAGAGGUGAAAAAGGCACUUUAAAGAAAAAAGUUUCAAACAACAGUUACAUAAUUUUGCCCGCUGAAUCCGAUUCCGUGGUAAAAGCAUGUACGUCCCAUUUAAAAUAAUAGACUCUCGUUGGAAAUUGGAAGUCGUCCAUACGACCAAACGAUAGAGCAUCCCUGACUUGGUCAUUCAUAUUUUUGCGUUUCCAAUAAAAAGCAUUUUCCACCAUUUUAGAAGGUUUGGACGUUUGCUCUAGUACACCAGGUAUAGGUAGUUAUUAUUGUAUUUUGUAGGUUACAUAAAAAUAAACAAUUACAAGUAUUAUGCACACAAUCAAUUUUGAAGUGCCUUUAGUGGUAUUUAACUAGACCGACAUAGGCUGCCAUCACAUUUCAAUAAUUGUUGAUGAGUGUCCUCUACUACAAGUUUAGAUGUUUAUUCGCACUACAAACAUACAUAAAUUAAAAUGUAAUAACUUCACUUGCACUUGCGCACGUUUAUCUCGUUAACUAGUGAUGUUACUAGCUUUUAAAAUGCCAUACUCACAAACACCAUAAACAAUUUGAACAAGCACUUAAUUCGUACAUACAUACAUGCAUAUGUAUGUACUUACUCUACCCACGUUGCUAUUUGUAAGUAUGUAUGCACAUCCGAGUCUUUUCUGAAUGUAACAUGUUUGUAUGCAUUUAGUUUGUAAAUGAGAAUUAUUUAUCAACACUUGGAAGUCGAUUGUAGUGGCACGUAAUGUUUUUGUUAUAAAGAAAUCAUUGUGGCUGCGUAGUUCUUUAAAUUAUUA